UCGUGGUCCCUUUUUUUUCCUCUCAAAGAACUGCCUUUCUUUAAAAAAAAAAAAACACACUCACGUGAUUUGAUCCGGCAGUUCAAACCGAGGGGAGAAAGGCCGGUGGAUCUUUCUUAUUCCUAGCCAUGGGAUCGCAGCAGCAAUCUUAUUCUGAUACAGCUCCAAUUUUGACCCAGGCAGAUGAUACUGAAGGUGAAGGAAAAGAUGAACCUCAGCCGGAACAUAUAGGGGAAGAAGAAGUACGGGCCCUGACAGGGAUAUCCUCUCAACAUGCUGGCCUUAUUGUGGGUGUACUCUUUUUUAUUAAUCUACUGAAUUACAUGGAUCGCUUCACUGUGGCUGGUGUUCUUCCUGACAUUGAGAAGUUUUUUGAUAUUGAUGACAGCAAAUCAGGACUGCUACAGACAGUUUUUAUUAGCAGCUACAUGGUACUGGCACCUAUUUUUGGUUACCUGGGUGAUCGUUACAAUCGCAAAUACCUGAUGUGUAUAGGAAUCUUCUUCUGGUCUAUUGUGACUCUAGGGAGCAGUUUCAUCCCCAAGCAGUUCUUCUGGAUGUUGCUACUUACACGAGGCCUAGUGGGUGUGGGAGAGGCUAGCUAUUCAACUAUUGCCCCCACCAUUAUUGCUGACCUGUAUUUGGGUGACCGGAGAUCCCGCAUGCUUAGCAUCUUCUACUUUGCUAUACCUGUAGGCAGUGGACUGGGUUAUAUUGUGGGGUCGAAGGUGAAAGAUGUGGCUGAUGAUUGGCAUUGGGCUUUGCGGGUGACUCCAGGUUUGGGAGCAUUAGCUUUGCUAUUAUUGAUAACUGUGGUGCGUGAACCACCCCGAGGAGCUGUAGAGACGCGCACUGAUGCCCCUCUUCAUUACACUUCAUGGACAGCUGAUUUGAGAGCCCUGAGCCACAACCGUAGCUUCGUGUUAUCAUCAUUAGGAUUCACAGCUGUGGCAUUUGUAACAGGAUCCCUAGCAUUGUGGGCACCUGCAUUUCUGUACCGCUCACGGUUGGCCACCGGAAAUCUCCCACCUUGCCCUAGUGGUAAGGUUUGUCAUGAAGACUCUGACAGCCUCAUCUUUGGCAUUAUCACUUGUGUGACUGGUGUCCUGGGCGUUACUGCUGGAGUGGAGAUUUCAAGACGCUGGCAUCGCAUCAAUCCCCGUGCUGAUCCCCUGGUGUGCGCUAUUGGACUGCUUGGCUCUGCCCCCUUCCUGUUCCUGGCUGUCGUCUUUGCUCAACAGAGCAUUGUUGCCACUUAUGUAUUUAUUUUUAUUGGUGAAAUCCUCCUUUCCCUCAACUGGGCCAUAGUGGCAGACAUGCUUCUGUAUGUUGUCAUCCCAACUCGGCGUUCUACAGCUGAAGCUUUUCAGAUUCUGUUGUCCCAUCUUCUGGGGGAUGCAGGAAGCCCUUAUCUUAUUGGUUUGAUUAGUGACCGAAUCCAGAGUGAUCGCCCAGUUUCAUUGCUAUCACAGUUUCGAAGCCUGGAAUAUGCACUUAUGGUCUGCAGCUUUGUAGGUGUUAUCGGUGGUGGUUUCUUCCUAGCUACUGCUUGUUUCAUUCAGGCAGAUCGUAAACGGACAGAGCUGUAUGCACAAGGUCAAUUGCAGGAGUCUUUGGAAGGAGAGGACCGUAUCGUUGUUCCUCAGCGUGGGCGAUCAACAAAAGUUCCUGUCUCCAGUGUCCUUAUCUGAAGUCUCAUCUUCAUCCUGCUUCAGUUUUGGAAACUUGAACAGAUUUGUAUAUUUGGCAGUUAAGGAAACAGAGAGAGAGAAAGAAAGAGAGAGAGAGAGAGAGAGACUCUUAAAGGCACCAAGGCAGGGAUUAUGGACAACAGGAAAUGAAAUCACAAUUUUUUGCUAUGUAUACAGGACAUUUUUUAUAAAUCACAAACACUAUUUAGAAUUAUGUGGCAUUUCUCAGAUGAAUGAGGAUGAAAUAGCAAAAACAUAUCCCCUACUUAAUUUCCAACUUUUAUUUGAAUGAUUUUAUUUUUAUUUCAUUUAAUUUUUUUCCUACAUUGUAAAAUUCAAAGCAACUUGUAAAAGGUUUAUAAAGAAAAAAACUGAAAAGAUCAAUCUUCAAUAGCCUUGGGUUUUAAGAAAAACAGAAUCUUCCAGACCACAUCUAUGCGAAAGUACAAAGGCUUUUAUUUGUAGUCUCUCUGCCUUCAUAUGUUUUUUCAAGAAUGUUUGGAUGUUGUCUCUCUUUUUACAAUCCUCUAAAUAUACUGAUAGGAACUGACCAUCUAGAUGCCCCCUGCUUUCUUUUCUUUUCAGGAGAAAACCAAUAUUCAUGACAAAGUCAGUGUUAGGAGGGACUCUUUAAAAAAAAUCACACUAUAAUGUGUUAGUUAUACUUUACUUGGGAAGCUAAAAAGAUUUGCAUUUCAUCAUUGUCAACUUCUGAAGUAUGAAAACUUGCAUGAAAAAAUGUUACAUAAAUGGUUGUAGCCUCAGACUUCUAUUUAAUAUUUUUGUUCCUAACAUCGUUGCUGUGGAACAUUGGAAUGAAGAUGGGGAAGGCUUGGAUUAUUGAUACUUUGUUUGUACAACCAAAUCUUGUUUUUUUUCCUACCACCCAUCGAGGAACUUAUCUGUGAUGACUACUUUCAGCUCCCUUUCCUAUUUUUCAAUGCUUACUGCUUUUUAUUAUUUGUGGUUCUGCUGGCAUCUGGCUUCUACUCCUGGCGUUGGGCAGAGGUUUGUUUGUCACUUUGAAGUGCUUAUAAUGUAGUUGCUAGCUGCAUUUUACAUAAAUUUACCUUGAGGAGAAGAAGCUUAAAUAAAAAGGCUUCCUGCAAAGAUAUCUGUGAAAGAAAGUGGUUGCACUUUAAGUAUAAGUGGGUUUUUAUUAUUUCAUUUCAUUCAUUUCAUUUUACUUUAUUUGUAUGCCGCCCUUUUCCCUGAAAGGGACUCA